AUGGGUCAAAUUUCUGCUCACUUCAAUCUGAGGCCAAAACGGGGUCUUCCUAGUGAUACCAUGACAAAUCCAAAGAGUGAUAAUGCACAAUGCAUUGCUAUCUUGAUCCGGAGUGGUAAGGUUGUGGGAAGCGGUGUGUCAAAUGAUGAUAAUAUAAGUUCAAGUAAAAGGGAAGUUUUUGAUUUUGAGAGUGAUAAAAUUGCCGAAGAGUUGAACAAUAAAACUUCCAAUGAGGUUGAUGAUGCACCAAAAAAUGUUGUUUCUGGUGAUGCUAAAAAGGAUGUCCAAUUCGCUAAAGCAAUGCGUGAUUUGGUGGUGAGUAUACACUUGAUUCCCUAUGCCAUUUCCAAAAAACUUGGGCUAGGUGAGCCUAACUCUACAACUACGCGUCUUCUCAUGGCCGAUCACUCUAUCAAGUGCCCUAUUGGCAUCCUUUAUGACAUUUUGGUGAAGGUAGACAAAUUUAUAUUUUCGGCUGAUUUUGUGAUCCUAGAUUAUGAGAUUGAUGUUGAGGUCCCUAUUGUUCUUUGUAGGCUAUUCUUGGCUACCGAAAAAGCCCUUAUUGAUGUGGAAAGUGGUGAACUGAAAUUUUGA